CUCCCGAACGAAUCUCCGUCUCGGGUAUGGAGAAAUGCAUUUUUUGCUGGAAUCACCGCCCGACGACAAGUCCUCAAACGCCACCACCUCCACCACCACCACUACAGCCUUGCGAUGGAGAAGAAGACACCACAGUUUGCUCACCAAGUCCACUGCAGUGACUGUCGGCGGUGACUACAGAGGAGGAGGGGGCUCUAGCACUGUUCAUCCACUGGUUUCUGUAUGUGAGCUCUGCAGCGGCACAGUCUUGAACGGCACCGAGGUGGGUCAGCUUUGCUCCUCGUCCGCCGGUCGGAUAGACGGGCGCUGCUGCUUGAAAAAUGAAAACACAAGCGACCCUGAACGCAUCAUCGGGUUGGAUCUGUCCAAUUGUUCAUUAACUCACGUCGGGGAUCUUCAGGGAGCAUCAACAGCUUUAAUGGUAGACCUCUCACUCAAUCCCAUUGUCAACGUCAGUGACACAGCAUUUCAAGGAUUUAUCGAGUUGAAUCACUUGAUUUUGCCGCAGGACAUAGUGUGUCCGGGAGGCAACACCUCCUGGGGAAAGGUGGAGGUCAGACAGGGAAAACGUCUCUGUGAGGGCCAGAAAAGUAUGUGCAACCAGACUGGACAGCUGUCCAUUAGCUGCCCGGAGAACUCCCUCUGUGCUCCCGACGGGCCCGGCUUCUUCGAGUGCAGCUGUGCUGGCAACCAUCAUGGAUACAAGUGUCUGCGGGAGGGGGAGUUUCCAGCCCUCCAGGUGUUCGGGCCUCUUGGGGCGUCCACGGUUGUCAUCUCCAUCCUGCUGUGGGUCACACAGAGACGCAAGGCCAAGUCGCUCUGACGCCGAACUGCCGCCGCUUGAUUUACUGACUGUUCUGAAAGGGAAAAUGCUGACACAAUGUCUGAGGCGACCCCAGGCUGGUUUUAGACAUUAUGUUUUAUUCUGUUUUACACCCUUGUGGGGCAGCUACAUUUUAACGGGGAACUGACUUUUUUCAGUGCAAUUCUAGAGAGAAAAUUAGAACAUGUGUUGCUCCAAGUUUUACAUUUCUGAUGGUACCACAGUUAACACUUAAAUUAUCAUUUGAAAUGUAGUCAACUGACACGAGAAAUCAAUGAAGAGGGUGUUUUUAAGAAUAUUUUGAAGGUUGUCUUGCUGUUGACUGUGCCAAACAUGCACUGAAUAUGUGUCUGCAUGCGUUGAAGUGUAUUUCAGAAAAUGUUGUAGUUUUUUUGGAGGGCAUUUUGCUUUAAUGCAUGUUUAACAUGUGCUUUUCUCGGAGUAAACCAAGUCAAGCUCACUUUAUGAAUCAUGACGUGGAUGAUACAAAUUCUAAGUUAAACUGAGCUUUCUUUUUCCUCCAUCAAAAGUUUAUAUUGAAUGCUACAAUGUGUCAUUCAGGUGUCAACUGCUGUUACAUCUUGCAUGUUUUGAUUUUUAGAAAUGUCUCGAUGUUGAUGUUUUGAUGUCAUCACGAUGAGAUUCAGGGUUCUAAUAAAGAAAUUAAAAAACAUGGUA